AUGGAGUCAUCGAAGAAAACAAUUGAAGUUAAAGCCGAAAAUAGGACAGUAAAUAACUCUCCUUGGAAUAUACUAUUUAAUUCAAGGCAAAGAACGAACAGUGAGAACAGUAUAACUUCUAAUUGUUCAAACACUUCAAGUGAAUCAGGUGCCCAAUUUCCGCCAAUACAGAAACAGGCAACGAAAACAGAAGAUUAUCUGUGGAUGAUAUGGCGUUCAUAA